AACAACAACAACAACAACAACAAACCACUGAAUCGAUACAGGAACCAUUAUCAGCAGUGUCAAGCACACGGCACAACAACAAUAACACCAUUACCUCCUGCAGAUGCUGUCGAAAUAUCUGCUGCACUUUCAGCUAACAGUCAAACUAGUGAUUACAUUGGCGUAAAAAACGAUGACUUCAGCAACAGUGUCGGAUACAUCACCCCCGCCAACACCAAUCUCAAUAGUAACUAUUAUCUUAACUAUUCUUACAUUGGCAGCAUAGAGAAGAGAAAAGCCAGCGAUUUCUUCUGUGAUAACAAAUCAAAAUUUACGAAUGUCCGUGCAUCGCCAACAAAUAAGAAAAUCAUAAACAAGAAAAUGAGGAGAAGAGAAAAAUUAAUUACUGAUGUUUUAGUUUUCGUUAUCAGUAUAUUUGCUGGAAUUCAAAUAACAACGUCGAUAUGCUAUACAUUUUUCCAUCAACAUUUUAUGAAAUGUCCAAACGUAACUUCCAACACACAAAAUCAAAAUAUCGCAAAGGUCCCGAUUGAGCCUUUCAUCGAGGAACUCGGAGAUUUCCAAUUCAACCCGGGUCCCAAGAAAAAACUCGUUCUGGUCGGCGUGAUGACGAGUUCGCAGUAUUUCGAUACCCGAGACUGGGCCAUUCGAAUGACGUGGCUGAAAUCGAUCCCUGGCGACGUGGUCUUCUUCGUCGGCAACAGCACAGAUCCAGCCCCUCCCGGGAUGCCCUUAAUAAGGCUGAAUCGCGUACCAGACAACGUGUACCCACCACAGGGCAAAGUAUUCGAGAUGCUGAAGUACCUACACGAGAAUCAUGCGGAUAAAUACGAAUACUUCAUCCGUGCUGACGACGACGCGUUUAUAAAGGGCCAAGAACUGGGAAGUUUGCUCAAGUCCUUAAACAGUGAGGAGAAGAUCUACAUGGGCCAUUACGGUCAAGGGGUUCCUGGAGAAAUCGGAAAAUUGGGAAUGGGAAAAGAUUACUGGUUUUGUAUAGGUGGCCCAGGAGUGAUAUUCAGUCACAGGGCACUGACGGCAUUGGCCCCAAAUCUGGAUACAUGUAAAGAUAACACUUUCACAAGCCACGAGGACACUGAAUUAGGAAGAUGUGUGGAAAAGUACCUGAAAAUAAAAUGCAAAUCAAACAGAAAGGUGAGAGCCAUAUUCUACCAGAAUUACCGUGAAGUGAAGGGCACGUUUAGCCAUGAACUAGGAAAGAAGGAAAGUCAUGCAUUCACGUUGCAUCCAGUGAAGAAUAGUAGUUUCGUAAUACGUUUGGCAUUGCAUUUCAAAGACGAUGAAAUUAAAUGGUUGAAAAGAAAAGCAGACAGCUUGAGAAAUGAGCUGGAAAUGGUCAAGAGGGGAAUGGCCUCAAAACAGCUGGAGCGUCUGUCAAUGCCUAUGAUGAAAUAUCUUCACAAUAUUGAAUAUUUUAAUAGAAAACAUGAACCGAAGAAGGCCUCUGUCAAAUUUUGGUAUGAUACUGGUGAUGACACAGCACAAUGGGAGCAUAUUGAAAUGGAGUCAAUUUAUUCCAUGGCAAAUAUUCAUCAGGCACCAAAACAGAAGCUGAGUGUGAAAAAACAUGAUGAAACCGUACAGAAUGCUGUCAGAGCUCUCCUUAACCAUUAUUGGGAAGGAGUAGAUAAUAUCAAGUUUAAGAAGUUUCUCCGAGCCUAUCGUUACAUGUCACCUAUCCAAGGGGUACAACAUCUACUACAAGUCUACUUAUUGCAACGAAAGACUGAAAAUGGUUAUUACAAUGGCACAUUUAUGGCCUCGCAGCGUCUACUGCCUCUGAAGUUUACUGAAGAAGUUGACUUGUUUAAGCGCCAUUUUGAUAUCAAUACCAAAUACAAUAACAGCAAUGGUGGUGGGCAGAUGAAAGAAAUCAAUCUGAUUAUGCCAAUUGCUGGAAAAUUAGAAGCAUUUGUACGAUUUACAGAGACACUAGAGAAGAUCUUCAAAAGAACAUUGGAGAACCUCAAAGUGAUCCUUGUUAUCUACAAAGAUCCAGAAGGAGCCUGGGUCAAACAAAUCGCUAUGAUGAAACGUUUAGCAUCUCAGUACCCUUCCAUGAAACUAGAAGUAACACUUUUGACUGGAGAUUUUGCUCGUGGGGUGGCAUUGCAGCAUGGCAUGAAGAACUGCAGUAAUGACUCCCUUCUCCUUUUUAUUGAUAUCGAUAUGGCCAUCACAGAGACAUUUCUACAUCAAGUACGCGUGAACACAAUAUAUGGCAAGCAAGUGUAUUUUCCGAUUUAUUUCAGCCAGUUUGAUCCUGAAUCUAUUUGCUACAAACCAAAUUGUAAGAACAACCAUUACUUAUUUGGCAAAGAUGACGGCUUUUGGAGAUAUUUCAGUUUUGGUAUGGUGUCCAUCUAUAAAAAAGACUUUCUGGAAGUGGGUGGGUAUGACACAAAAAUUGAGGGAUGGGGCAAAGAGGACAUAGAUUUCUAUGAACUAUGCCUCAGGUCUAACCUGACAGCAAUUCGGGCACCUGAUUUGUCACUUAUACACAUUUACCACCCAAAAUUCUGUUCACAUGAUUUGAAUGAUGAACAAUACAAAAUGUGUCUAGAUUCAAAAAGCGGUAUCUUUGGGUCUCGUCAUCAAGAGGCUAGGGCUGUUUACAGAUUACCAGAGAUAUUGAAUAAAUAACAAAGACAAACAGACAGACAGACAGAAAAGUGAAAAAUACAAA